GCAGGAAAUGCUGAAGGAUGAGGUGAGGACCCUCACGUACCGGAACUCCAUGUACCAUAAUAAGCAUGUGUUCAAGGACAAAGUGGUGCUGGAUGUUGGGAGUGGCACAGGGAUCCUCUCCAUGUUCGCUGCCAAAGCAGGGGCCAAGAAGGUGUUUGGGAUCGAAUGUUCCAGUAUUUCUGACUACUCGGAGAAGAUCAUUAAGGCCAACCACCUGGACAAUGGUAAGGCCCACCUCUGAGUCUUUCCUCAUGGUGGG